AUGGCCAUGGCGACGUGUGAGAAGUCAUCUACGACUUCGUCUCUCCUCUCCUCCCCCUCCUCCUUCUCCUGUCGCUCUCCCGCGCUGCAGCAAUCGUUCGGCGCAGCGUCGCCCUCGCUCUCCCCCUGUCCGUCGCUCAACUUGUCGUCAGUGAUCGUCAUAUUACCUGAUAACAGCGUGCGACUAUACGAGCAGAGAAUCUCCGUUGAUCGCGUGCUCGCGGAGUUUCCGAAUCACGAGCUCCGCCACGCGGGCAGCCGAAAAUCGCUAGACGCCAACAGCCACUUAUCGUCGCUCGAAACUUACGCCGCGUCGAUAUCUGACGCAUGGUCUGCACAACAAGAUGUCGCGGCGCGGCAGCAUAUAUCUGCGUGCGGCGGCGGCAGUUACGGCGGAGUAACGGCGCCGGGAGAAUCUUCUGGAUUCGACUUCGCCACCGCCGCCGACUCGCAUGAGGAAAGUCCCAGCCAGUGCUACACUGCUGCGCGGGCCGCGCGGCUGCAUUCGGUGGCGCCUCUGUUGCGCCAGUCGUCGCUGACUACCUACCUGCCGUCGACGGCGGCGGCGAUCGCGGAGUCGGGCGGAUUCCAGCCCGCCGAGGCUGCAAGCAUGAUGAUGCGGCACGGCGCGCACGCGGCGGCGGCGGCGGCGGCGCUGACGCGCUUCCCCGGGCCCAUGAUGUUGGCUUACUUCGACUCCCUCGACCCACGCGAGUUAGACGAAGCCACCUCCAAGGCGCCGGCGGCCGGCGCGCUGGGUCACUGCGUGCAGCCGGCAUUCGCGCAGUCAUUUCAUGACACCGGCGGCUCGGAGUUACUACGCCAAAGCGAGGUUUAUUUCGACGGGAAGAUGGACGCCGCUGCGGCGUCUGCUGACGUGCCAACGCCGCGCUUGCCGUGUCGCCGUCCACUUGACGGAACGGCGGCCCUGGCGGCACGAGCGGCGGAGCGACACGCAGGCGAUACCAGCAAAUGCGGCGCUAAUGCUAUUACUAGUGCUGUUUCCUCGGUGGAUGGCGAUAAGCAAGGCGCCGCCGACGAGUCCUUAGGAGCAGCCGCCUCUGCGCUGCAGCCGGCGGCAGCCUCGGAUGCUCGACCCGGAUUUGCGUGGCAGUUCGCCACGUCAACAUGCCUCAAUCUCCCCUCGCCCAACAUCACGGCUGAUGGCAGCCGUGACGGCUCCGCCGGCGGCGGGAGCAGCGGCGAGGAGAAUCCCGAGAGGUUGUAUGCAAUUGGUGGGAGAGCCGCCGGGACCUCGCUGUUUGAGGAUUGGACGGAUUUGCGUGGCAGGCGGCCUCGGGUGGCAGCAGGCAGCAGCACUGCGCUUGGCAAGGAAGCUUCCGGGACGGCGACGGAGCGCCGACGGCCGAUCUUCCACCAGAAGACCCCGUCGGGCCGCAUCCUGCAGGAGCUGUUCGACCUGGAAAGCGGGCCCUUGGAUUUGGAGUUCCUAGUCAGUCUGCGCACGCUCAGCCGCUCCUCUUCCACUCGCUCCUCAUCUGCGCGCUCCUCGUCUCACGCCCGUGACACGCCGACCGCCACGCCCUCCCGCCCCCCCUCCUCCCUCGUUACUGCUUCCCCUGCUGCUGAUGCUGCUCCUCCUCCGCCUCUCCCUCCUCCUUCUCCUCCUCUUCCUCCUCCUGCUGCUGCUCUAGAAGACCGGGCCCUCUCAGGUGCUGCAUCUGCCUCUACCCCACUCGGUUCAGGAGCUCCCACUGAGCCUACUGUGUCAGGCGCUGCGUCUUCACCGUCUCACGUCCCUCAGAGCUCUGCUCUCGUUUCUGCAACUCCAGCUGCUCCUACUGAGGAUGGGGGGAUUGACGACGACAGCAGCAUUGACGAGGAGGACGAGGCAGCAGCAGCGGCGGCGUCAGCAUGGGCAGCGGUGGAGCUGGUGGAUGGGUCGGUGUUGCCCGCUGCGUCUGUCUCGCGUGGCUGGAUCGCCUCUGCUGUGCGCUCGCGCUUCAUCUCUCGCAUCGCCAGCAGCUUUAACUACUCCUCCCUGCAUGGCCGCCGCGUCACUCCCCAUCAUCGCUGCACAUACCUCCACUCCAUCCCUUCCUCUACAACCCCCAACACCCACCCCCCACCUUCCCCGUGCCCUUCCCCGCGCCCUUCCCCCGCACUUUCCCCUGAGCUUCCCUCCGACACCCCCCCACUCCCCACUCCCGCAGUGCCACUGCCUGCUGUCCCGCCGCCGCCUGACCCCGACCUGCUGCCUGCCUGCUGGACCCUGCCACUGCCCGCACCUCCCCCGCCGCCCGACCUGGACCUGCUGGACCCGUGUCCGGAUAUAACGGCACUCUUCCGCCACUACAAUGACCUCUACUUCCACGGCCGCCUCGGGGCCUGCCUCGUCGAGUGGAGCUCCAAACGAAUGACGCUCUGCGCGGGUGUGUGCAUGUACGACGGGGCGCUGUGUCGCAUCCGGCUGUCGGCCCCGCUGCUGCAGUACCGCCCCGUGUCGGACCUUAAAGCCACGCUGCUGCACGAGAUGAUCCACGCCUUCAUCUUUCUCUGCCGCCCCUCGCACUCCCGAGAGGAUCACGGCCCCAUGUUUCAGGGCAUCAUGGGGACCAUAAACUCCAGCACUCUGCACGACCAUCAGCGCCCGCCUGGUGGGUACCAGAUAUCCAUCUACCACUCGUUUAAGGAUGAAGUCAACGUGCACAGGCGCCACGCAUGGCAGUGCGCCAGGUGUCAGGAGGAGGUGCGGCGCGCCAUGAACCGGCCUCCCUCAGUAGCUGACUGCAUGGCACUCAGACAGCCGUACACCACAGAGGGGAGGGGAGGAAGCGGGCAGGGGGGAAGUGGGCAAGGGAGGAGAGGGCAGGGUGGCCAUGGGGGUACGAUGACGGCAGAUGAGAAAGAGAGGGAGAGGCAGAGGCGCAUUGCCACGUGUCGGCACCCGCGGUGUAACUGGCACCUCCUCCCCCCACAUGCUCACUUGCGUGCAGGCAUGCGCGCACAUGUGGGGGCACGUUCAUAA